AUGCGGUAUACGGCAUGCAUCGGCACCAUACUAUUACUCUUCUCUACUUGGAUCCGCUACGCGGGCACAGCGCGCUCUUUAUCUCCCAGUGGCUCGUAUGCACUGGUCAUCAUAGGACAGUUCAUCGGCGGGUUCGGGCAGCCGUUCUUUCAGGUCAUCUCGCCCAAGUACUCUGAGCUUUGGUUCGACGUCAAGUCGCGCACGACGGCCACGAUGAUCAUCACUCUCGCAAACCCCAUCGGCGGCGCUAUCGGUUCACUCAUAGCGCCCAAGUUCACGGAUGUUCGUCACGGCAUCUUGAUCUUGGCCGUCAUCUCAACCUGCGUCGUCCCACUCUCCAUCUUCAUUCUCGAUAAACCUCCAACACCACCCACAUUCUCUGGCGCCAAAAGGUCCCCUGGACUCCGCGCGCUCGUCAAGGCACUCGCAGGAAAGGAGGUUCAUCACGACUCGCACAUGCUGAUCCGCGAGCGACUUGACUUCGCCAUUGUGGUCUGGAUGUUCGCUACGUUCUCUGCUGCGACUGAAGGAUACACGAAGUCCUCGUCGCACUGGCUGAAACCAUACGGCUACACGAGCGGACAAUCCGGUCUCUUCGGUGCCGUCCUUCUGAUCGCGGGUAUCGUCGCGGCUGUCAGCACGGCUCCUCUCCUCGACCGCGUCCUGACGCACCACAUCGCGCUCGCCAUCCGUAUACUCUGUCCCAUCAUCGGUCUGGCUUGGUUGAGCCUCAUCUGGGCCGUCCGCGAGAACGACGCCCCCGCGCUCUUCGCCAUCUUUGCUAUCAUCGGCGCAUGUUCAAUCUCGCUAUUGCCCAUCGCCGUCGAGCUCGGAGUUGAGCUGACGCGAAACCCAGCCGGCUCAUCGGCGAUCAUCAGGUUCGCAGCAAACCUGCUGAGCAUCGUCUUCAUCCAGUCGGAGGGCGCAUUGGUUGCUCCCGCCACCGCAAGCCCACCGUUGAAUAUGCACCAAGCGAUCAUAUUCGGCGGUGUAUGGGCUUUCAGCUCAUCGUUCCUCGUCUUCUUUCUCAACGGGCGGCAAGCGCGACGCGAGCGCGACGUCGCGAUGGCACGGGCAGAGGAUGAUCAAGCGUCGUGA